AUGGCAAACUGCCGACCUUUCCAUUCGACUAGGCUUCGAGAGGCGAUGUAUCAAGUCCGGGACAGUUACUUUGUCACUCGCUCAUGCUGCCACGCUGUCAAUCCACAUAAGCCAAAAAUCACAGCAAUCUUCAUUGCCAAACAAAGCAUUAUCCUUGAUAGAUCGAAAAAACCCCCAGUACCCUCUCUACUCUCAGCAAACUUAACAUUGAGAGCUUAUACGAAGUAUUCGUCAAGUCCACUCAUUCCCGCGCCUUACCAAACGCCAAAAACAGGGCUGCUCUCAAGGCUUCCACCGUCAUGGGUGCCGUAUGCAGAACUUAUCAGGAUAGAUAAACCAACCGGGACCUACUACCUCUUUUUCCCAUGUAUAUUCUCUACUCUUCUUGCCGCCCCGUUAGUUGUGCCCCAUCCGUCGCCCAGCUCAGUACUACAAACGUCUCUCUUAUUUUUCGCCGGAGCCCUAGUUAUGCGUGGUGCUGGAUGCACCAUCAACGACCUCUGGGAUCGUAAUCUUGACCCUCACGUAAGCCGAACUCGACUGCGACCGAUUGCGCGUAAAUCGGUGAGCCCACUCAAAGCUCUCGCAUUUACAGGAACCCAACUCCUCACUGGGCUAGGCAUAUUGCUUCAAUUUCCUGAACAGUGCCUGUUCUAUGGAAUCCCAAGUUUAAUUUUGGUCGUAACCUACCCUCUGGCCAAAAGGUAUACUCACUAUCCACAAUUAGUUCUAGGAUUAACCUUCUCUUGGGGAGCCAUAAUGGGGUUUCCAGCUCUUGGCGUUGACCUCAUGCAAAAUAUGCCUGCCCUUACAGCUGCUUCAUUCUUAUACGCUUCUAAUAUUGCUUGGACUAUAAUCUAUGAUAUGAUAUACGCUCACUUGGAUAUCAAAGAUGAUGCAAAGGCUGGGAUCAAAAGCAUAGCUUUACGACAUGAUCAGUGGGCAAAACAGAUUCUGAGUGCCUUGGCUAUUCUUCAAGUUGGCUCACUCACUGCAGCCGGUGUAGCUACUGGCGCUGGUCCGGCUUUCUUCAUCGGUAGCUGUGGUGGUUCAGCUGCUUCACUAGCCAUUAUGAUUAAACGGAUAAAUCUUAAAAGCGUAGAUGAUUGUUGGUGGUGGUUCGUAAAUGGCUGCUGGAUCACAGGUGGUGUAAUCUCCGGUGGAAUGGUUAUCGACUACUUAGCUCGAUACUUUAAACAUAAGAAUCUAAUUUCGCACGAAGGAAAGAAAGAUAACCAGUACAACUGUAUUCAGGAAUGA